AUGCAUAUUGUGGCGGUGAAAGAAUCUGAUUCCUUCUUUGAUGGUCUUCUCGAGCCCGGUAAUCCUGUAUACUUCACAGACGAGGAUGGCCAUGAUGGCGAGAGGAAGAUGGGGAAACCAAUGAUGCAUCAGUGUUGUGCCAAAUCAUGUGACGAAAUCCAACUGGAAGCAAUUGUUCCCGACCCGUCAGCAUAUGCACUUCUACUAUCCGGAAACAGGUCUGGUAGGGGACGGAACAAGGCGUUGGAAAUGAGACCUGCAGGCCCCUGUCCGUCCUGGCUCGACAUACCCCUUUUCCAGUACUUAGAUUUCUGCUUCAUUUUCGGGGAACGCCUUACGCAUAGUCGACCAGACCGUCCAUAUCUGAGCCUCAAUAUCAACGAGCCAUUGAAAAGUGCAGAGCUAUGUGAUUCGGUGAACGCCAACCGGGACACCGACUGCGGCAUCCCGAGGACCGACUUCCUUCCCAUUUAUACCGCCCGAAUACAGGAAGUUGAUUCACAGCCACCACCUGGCAGCCACGCGAAGGAGGGAACGAAAGAGCAUGCUACCCGGAAUUCAAGUGAAGACAAUCAAGUGGCAUGGACGACACACUGCGGACACGGCGUAGUUCCAGCAUGAACUAUCAUCAAAUUCGUACCAGGUGUUCCGCUGGCCGUAUACAAGCGUACUUCUUCCUUCCGACUGUUUUCAAAGUCUUCCGCUUUCCCUUCUGUGCCGGUGCGAGUACUGUCUCGAGCGAGGGGGAAUUCACCAUGACACCUAUGGAACAGGGCUUAUGAGACUGCCUUCAGUGAUGUUCUUGUGUGUGCUCAAAGCAUCCCGACAGCGGUGACCAAGCUCAAACUUGGACUGCGACUGUGACCUCGGUGUAAUGCCUCCUCCUCACCACCAUCGGCGUCGCUUGUCGACCUCAAAGACUGGCUCAUAGCCCCCAGUAACCCACACAUAUCCAACCCAAACACAUCUCAAC